AUGUACGUCGUGGUCGCCAAAAGUCGUCCAUUGGUGUGUGAGCACGUUCCAAGGCCUGUUGGAGCAGGUGCUAGAGGGAUAGCGCAAGAAAGAAAGAGACUCACCGUUCUUGACGACAACAGGAAGAUUCUUUUGCUUGGAUCCGGCUUUGUCGCUGCUCCCUUUGUCGAAUACGUCCUUCGUCGUCCUGAGAACAAGUUGACUGUUGCCAGCCGCACUUUGGCCAACGCUCAGGCUCUUGCUGCCAAAUACCCCAACAACACCACUGCUGUUGCCGUCGAUAUCACUGAUGACAAGGCUAUUGAAGAUCUCGUUGCCCAGCACGACAUUGCCAUCAGCUUGAUCCCUUAUAUCUACCACGCCAAGGUCAUUGCCGCUGCUGUCAAGCACAAGAAGAAUGUCGUCACCACCUCGUACGUCUCGCCUGCCAUGAUGGAAUAUGACCAAGCUGCCAAGGAUGCUGGUAUCACUGUCAUGAACGAGAUCGGUUUGGACCCUGGUAUCGAUCACUUGUACGCUGUCAAGACCAUCGAUGAAGUCCACAAGGAGGGUGGCAAGCUCAAGGAGUUCAUCUCGUUCUGCGGUGGUCUCCCCGCACCCGAGAACUCGGAUAACCCCUUCGGUUACAAGUUCUCCUGGUCCGCCCGUGGCGUCUUGUUGGCUUUGAAGAACACUGCAAAGUACCUUGAAAAGGGCAAGGUCGUUGAAGUGUCGGGUCCUGAACUUAUGGACUCUGUUCGCGUUCUCAACACUGGCUAUCCCGGCUAUUCCUUCGUCGGCUAUGGUAACCGUGACUCCACUCCCUAUGACAAGCGCUACAACAUCCCUGAUGCCGAGACCAUCAUCCGUGGCUCCAUCCGCUAUGACGGUUUCCCCCAAUUCGCCAAGGCUCUUGUCAGCCUCGGCUUCUUGAGCGAAGAGCCCGUUGCCCACUUGGCUGCUGACGCUGGUGACAUUACCUGGAGCCAGGUCAUUGCCCAGGUCGUCGGCAUCAACUCUACUGCUGAAGAUGCCUUGAAGGCCGCCAUCAUUGAAAAGGCCGGCAUUGCCGACAGCCCUCGCUUGGCCCAGAUCCUUGACGGUAUGCGCUGGUUGGGUUUCUUCUCCGACGUCAAGGCCCAUCGUCGUGGCAACUUGUUGGACACCUUCUGCGCCACUUUGGAAGAAAAGAUGCAGUACGAGGAAGGCGAGCGCGACAUGUGCUUCUUGCAGCAUCGUUUCGAGAUUGAGUUGAAGGACGGCUCGCACCAGACCCGCACUUCGACCAUGAUCGAAUAUGGUACGCCCGGCGGCUUUUCUGCCAUGGCCAAGACGGUCGGUGUUCCCUGCGGUAUCGCCACCCAGCUUAUCCUCGACGGCAAGCUCAACCAGAAGGGUGUCCUUGCUCCCAUGACUCCUGAGAUCAACAACCCCAUCAUGGAGUUGCUCGAGAAGGAGAACAUUGGCGUGGUUGAAAAGAUUUUGUAA